CCAUGAUUGAUCCAGCGCUCACUAAUGAUGCCGGCUGGGCAAUUGGUAAUUCCCUUCUUGGGUUAGCUUUAUCCUUGGCAUGUAUAGCUGCGCUUAUAACUAAAGCUCAAAGUCGAUACUUGGGUGGUGAACAAAUAAAAAAGUUAUUUAUGACCGUAUAUCGUGAUGUGAAACCUAGUUUAAUCGCACUAUCAAUCGUUUCUUCUUGGACAUGGACUGCUACUUUACUUCAAUCAUCCACUGUUGC